AUGUGUGGGAUCCUUGCGUUGUACAAGGUCCAUGACGUCUACGCCGAAAAGGACAAGGCCAUCCAAUACCUGCGUCGCCAGCGCCACAGAGGGCCCGACUGGUCGGGGCGUUAUGUCUCUGUCGACGGCAAGAGCGACGCCGACGCCCUGGUGCCCCCGCUGAGAGCCACCCUGCCUUCGCCCGCCGCCACCGGUACCAUCUUGGUCCACGAAAGAUUGGCCAUCGUCGGCUUGACCGGGGGGUCGCAACCGAUCCGCUCCCACGACGGGCGCUACGCCCUCGCCGUCAACGGGGAAAUCUACAACCACAUCCAGUUGCGUGAACAAUUCAACGGCUACCGCUUCCAGACCUUCUCCGACUGUGAGCCCAUUAUCCCCUUGUACGAAAAGUACGGCAUCGACGCCCCCAAGUACCUCGACGGGAUGUUUGCCUGGACUCUCUACGACAAGGAAGAGGACGUCAUCGUCGCCGCCCGUGACCCCAUCGGGAUCACGACUUUGUACAUGGGCAAGUCGCUGAAGCUGCCGGAAACCCGCUACUUCGCCUCGGAACUUAAAUGUUUGAUCGACGAAUGUGACGACAUCGUCGCCUUCCCUCCUGGCCACGUCUACACCUCGAAGACCGACCAGAUCACCCGCUACUUCGAACCCUCGUGGUGGGACGGGCUGAAGGUGCCCACCGAACACGUCGACUACGCCAAGGUCAGAGAAACCCUCGAGCUCGCCGUGAGAAAGAGAUUGAUGGCUGAAGUGCCCUACGGGGUGCUUUUGUCGGGUGGGUUGGACUCGUCGUUGAUUGCGUCAAUCGCCGCUCGUGAGACCGCCAAGGCCAACGAAAAGGCCCUCAAGGAAAAGCAAGGCAUCGUCGCCAACACCGCGUUGACCGGGGUCGACGACAAGGGCCUGUUGCACUCGUUGGGAUUCAACUCGUUGCACUCGUUCGCCAUCGGGUUGCCCAACGCCCCCGACCUUAUCGCCGCCGAGAAGGUCGCCGAGUUCAUCGGUACCGUCCACCACUCGCACACUUUCACCCUCGAAGAAGGGUUGGACGCGUUGAACGAAGUCAUCUGGCACUUGGAAACCUUUGACGUCACCACCAUCCGGGCGCUGACGCCGAUGUACUUGUUGCUGCGUAAGAUCAAGGCUCAAGGUGUCAAGAUGGUGUUGUCUGGUGAAGGUUCCGACGAAGUGUUCGGCGGUUACCUCUACUUCGCCAACGCCCCUUCGCCUAAGGAAUUCCACGAAGAGUGUGUCAAGCGGGUGAAGAACUUGCACUACGCCGACUGCUUGCGUGCCAACAAGUCGACCAUGGCCUGGGGUUUGGAAGCGAGAGUGCCCUUCUUGGACAAGAAGUUCCUCGAGGUGUGCAUGAACAUCAACCCCGAAGACAAGAUGAUCGACAACGAACACAUCGAAAAGUACAUCUUGAGAAAGGCGUUCGACGUCGAGGAAGGCGAAAAGCCCUACUUACCCAAGGAAAUCUUGUGGAGACAAAAGGAACAAUUCUCCGACGGUGUCGGUUACUCGUGGAUCGACGGGUUGAAGGACGCCGCCGAAGCCGCCGUCUCCGACGAAGAGUUCGCCAACCCCAAGCCCGAAUGGGGCGACGACAUCCCUCAAACCAAGGAAGCCUACUGGUACAGAUGCAAGUUUGACGACAUGUUCAAGCCGCUGAAGGCGGCGGCGCUGACGGUGAUGAGAUGGAUCCCCAAGGCCGAGUGGGGGUGCCACGCCGACCCUUCGGGGAGAUACGCCAAGACCCACGAACACAAGGUCAACGACACCAAAUAG